UCAGCCGCAAACUGUAGAAGCGGCCCGACAAAGUUUUGUUCCGGUUUCCAGAUUCGCCGCACCAGCGUGCCGCUCUAGCCUCUUAUCCGCUCUAGCGAGUUAAUUUUUGGAUUCAUGCCUGCCAGGCGGCCACCCUCCCUCGGCGUGGGCGGCGGCGAUGCCACCCCCGGCUUCCCGCUCGCCUCGGAUUGCCAGUUGCCACGCCAUCACCUCCGAACCCUCUCCCCCAAAUACGCCUCCGGGCACCCUCACACCGAAGCACACGGGCGUGGAGCAGUCAUCCAUCUGAACUUCGUCGAUUGCUUUCGCGGUUUGUUACGCGAGUGUUCAAAGGGCGUCGAUCCGGUAAAACAGCUGGGCAGUUGGUUCAGUACAGGACUGUCGAGUCAUAGAGAUAUUUCUGUCCAUAACCUUUAUUGGAGCGCCAUGGAAGCUGUGCAAGGUGGCAUAGAGUUACUGGCUGCUGGAGAUGGCGGGCGCCAUAUUUCCCGGACCCUUGGGCCGGCGCUGCUGAUUUCGGUCGGGUAUAUUGACCUUGGGAAGUGGGUGGCGACGGUCGAUGCCGGGGCUCGGUUCGGGUAUGAUCUUGUGCUACUGGUGCUGCUUUUCAAUUUCUCGGCCAUUCUGUAUCAGUAUAUGUCCAUUUGUAUCGGCAUGGUCACCGGGAAGAAUCUUGCAGAGAUUUGCCGCCAGGAGUACAGUCAGUUCAUACGUGUCGGUCUUGGUGUCCAGGCAGCAUUGUCUUUGUUUGCUUCAGAACUUACUAUGAUUGCAGGCAUAGCAGUUGGAUUCAACAUUGUAUUUGAACACGACGAUCUUAUCUCAGCCGUUAUUUUUGCAAGCGUUGUAAUUAAUCUGCUACCAUAUAUUCUCUCCUCUCGGGACAAGAGAAUGGCUGGAACGUUAAAUGCCUGCAUAGCAGGCUUUGCAGUUCUUUGUUUUGUGCUUGGUUUAUUAGUCAGUCAACCAGAAAUUCCUCUUCAUGUGAAUGUGAUGUUCCCCAAGUUGAGUGGUGAAAGUGCUUACUCACUCAUGGCACUUAUGGGUGCAAACAUAAUAGUACACAAUUUUUAUGUUCAUUCAUCAGUUGUUCAGGUUCAGAGAAGAUCUCAUGUUCUUACCCUUGGUGCCUUGUUUCAUGACCACCUCUUUUCUAUAUUAUUUGUCUUUACUGGGGUUUUCCUUGUGAACUAUCUUCUGUUGAGCUCGGCAGCGGUUGAAUCUAGUAACAACACGAUCCUCACAUUCCACGAUGUUGUAGAGCUAAUGAAUCAGAUGUUUACAAGUCCCAUGGCACCAGUUGCGUUGUUAGCGAUUCUUCUCUUUUCGAGCCACAUCAUCUCAUUGACAUCUGUUAUUGGUAGCCAUGUGGUUACAGAGAAUUUCUUUGGUGUACACCUGUCUCUUACUGCACAUCAUGUGCUACUUAAAGUCAUUGCCAUUAUUCCAACCAUCUAUUGCGCAAAAGUUGCAGGCUCUGAAGGGAUAUACCAGUUACUCAUUUUAUGUCCAGUAAUCCAAGCUAUGCUCCUUCCUUCGUCUGUUAUUCCUGUUUUCCGUGUUGCCUCAUCAAGGCCAAUAAUGGACAACUACAGGAUAUCUUUACAUGUUGAAAUAUUAGCCUUUCUCUCAUUUCUUCUUACGUUGUUUACAAAUAUCAUUUUCCUAGCGGAAGUCCUGUUCGGUGACAGCAUCUGGACAAACAACCUGAAAGGGAACACAGAAAGCCCUGUGGUAUUUCCACAUGCUGUUAUAGUCCUAACAUCCUGUGCAUGUAUUGCUUUUACACUCUUUCUGGCUGUUACUCCACUAAAGUCAGCAAGUAGUGAAGCUGAAACUCAGGAGUUAUCUACGCACGCUCAGAGUGAAAGAGAAGCAUUGGACACUACUCAUCAAAGAAAAGAUAACGGAAUAUGAUUCACGUGAAGAAUUCAAAGAAUCUGAUCGUGACACUCAACAAUCAACUGCUUAUACAGACGCCAUUCCGAUGCUCACCCUUUAAUGUCUAGCAACCGUGAGAGGGUCAAAAUCAGUUGCUGGGGUUGACUUUGGAGAUUCAACAACAAAGGUCGCUACUGCCAUAGUAGUAGAGCAAAGUACCGCAGAACAUCAAAAUGAAGAUCAUGAGUUUUGGCAUUCAAGAAGCCCACUGGAGGUAAGGUGCCCUCUUUAUCUUCCAAUUGUCAACCAUCCCUUACUACGAGAGAUAUCGAUGCUGGCAAUAGCAAUCAUAGCCUAAAGGCACUCAUGCUGCAAUGGCAAUGGUAGCCUGAGCCUCUCAAGGUUGACUGGUGUUGACUGUGCUGCAAGGACACAUUUAGCAGCAAUUCUGGAUGAGUUCUCAGGGCAUCUUCUUGAUUAUCACGGUAAUCUUACACAAGAAGCUAAUGCUGAAUGGUUCAACUUUUUUGUUGGACUGGACUUCUAAGCAAAACAUUGAGGAUUCCAAGCUUGUGCGGUACUGUCGUCUGUCGAGCAAGCCACCUGCAGGAAAAUAGCUGUCACUGAGCAUCUUUUUGUUAGUUUGUAGGGUUCAUGGGUCAGCUUUAGGGGGUGCCAUUUGCUGCUUAUCAAAUCUUGUGUUCGUCUGCUUCAUGAUCACCGUGGUUGCCUGAACAGCGAGAUGUCCAAAACCUUGACAAUCCAUAAAAAAAAUGUCGCCUACUUAGUACAAAAUUUGUACUUAGUGUAAAAUGGAAGAUACUUUUAUGUAUCGGAAGGAGUACUAAAUUCUGUAAUUUGCUGAAGCAGCAUUGUAAAUUUGAAUGUUGUAAUUUUACAGUGAACUACCUAAUAUAGAUGGGUACACUAUGACAUACUCCCUCCAUCCGACGAGGUAGUAUUUGUUUAAAAA